AUGAUGAUCGUGAGAAAACCAGACGCAUCCUCCUCCCCGUCCUCCUCCUCGCCGAGUAAUAGUAGUAGUAGUAAUAGUAAGAAGAACAAAAGAGACGGCGAGAGCGGCGGCGGCGACGCGGGUGGCGGCGGUUCGCCGGGAACGUCGUCGUCGAUUGGACGAAGGUUCGAUCGAACCAAAAACGCUUCUUCAAAGACGAAUAGCGUGCGCGACGUGGGGACGCCGUCUUCGUCGCCUUUGUUUGGUCACCACCAGAAAACCGGGUCCUUUGGAGGAGGUAAUAAAGUCGCCGAUCCGAUUUGGAUCGACGACGAUUGCGAAGUGGACGACGAGUUUUGUUUCAGCGACGACGGGUUUACGCCAGACGCGAAGAAACGCCGCAACAAUAACAAAGGCCAAGGUAAAACGGUUUCGAACAACGAGGACGAAGACGAUGAAGAGCUCUCCGGGUCUUUUAAAAGAAGAGAAAUUGAAAACGAACGGAAAAUGGUCAAUCGUCUGUGGGAUAAGCCGACGACGUCGGAAGAUUUGUUGCACAUCACCUCGCACGUGCCGGUAAACAGAACAGGGAAAGCGGCGCCGAAAGAAACAGUAAAUAAAACGAGCGCGAAUACUAAAACGAAUAAAAAACACAACAACAACAAGAAACUUCAACAACGAAAAGAAGAAACAGAUGAAAAGAAACAGAAAUGGUUUUACACCAAGGUGACGUUUGUCGCGGUGAUUUUGAAUUUUGUCGUCGCUCUGCCCUCGUCGGUUUUCACGCAGUUACCGUCCGUGUUUACCGGCUUGGGCGUCUUAAAAGCGUUGGAUUGGUUGUUUCCAAACUCGAGAAAACGUUUGAUGCGCAUAUCGCGAAGGAUUCGUCGGGUGAAAUCGAGCGUGAAAAAUCGAAACAUAUCGUUUCCGAGUUUGAAAUUUGCUAGACUCGGGGUGAAAUCCAUCGCGAAUAUCGCGCGUCGAGGCAGCGUGAACGCGAUGAAUCGCGUGUCAUCGAGAACAAACAUCACGCAAAAAUCUGAGUCGUUUGAAAAUCUGAUCAAGGAGGGCCAAAAGAAGAACGAAACCGGCGACACGCUUUCCGCGGUGAAAAUAUUCACCAGAGCGGUGGAACGUCAACCGAUGAACCAGUUUGCAAACAUCGCGCUAUCGAAAUCUCUUUCCGACCGAGUCUUUGAACCGGAGAUUUUCAAAAACAGAGUGAAAGCGAAAGCGUUGGCGGACGAAGCCGUCGACCGCGCGCAGAAAGCGGUUGAAAUCGACAGAAACUCGUGUCAAGCGCACGUGUGUUUGGCGGUUGCGUACGGUCGCGCGCAAAUGUUCUCCAACGAAAACAGAGAAAAAGUUGAGCUCGGUAAAAUGCUCAAAGAGUCUCUCGAUAACGCGUUGAAGAUUGAUCCGAACGACGACAUGGCGUUGCACGUAAUGGGUCGCUACGAGUGGUCCAUGGCUAACUUGAACGGCAUCACCAAAAUGUACGUGAAGAUGAUGUACGGCGCGCUCGCUCCUGGUUCCGCCGAAAACGCCGAAAAGCUCUUCAAGCGCUGCAUCGAACUCAGCCCGAACCGAUUAAUUCAUAAAGUCGAGUUGGCGAAAAUGCUCUUCGAUUUGAAACGCUACGACGAAGCGCACAAGUUAGCUACCGAAGGUCGCGUCUUACCGAUGGAAGACGUCAACUCGGAAAUCGAGCGUAAAAACGCGGACGAAAUCAUCCGAAAAUCAGCUCUGAAAAUGACUCGAAGUCGAAGUUCCAUGAUGGGCUUUGGAAGUAGCUCGGCGCUUUCCAAGAAGUUGAAAUCUCGGACGCCUUUGAAAGACACCAGCAACGCGGAUUUGCAACAACAACAACAACAACAACAACAACAAACGUUGGCCGAGGCGCAACCGCAGCGACAGAACUGA